AUGAGUGCGGCAAAGAUAAAAGGUCUAGUAAAGGGGAAGGACGACCAACUUUACGAUUUGGUUACAGUAAUAACCUUAAACGAUGAUGAUAUUGAAGAAGGUAUAGGAUGUAAAAAAGAAAAUCUAAAGGAAAAUAUAGCAUUAAUGAAAAAUAUGAAAGAAAUUAUACAAAAUGAAAAGCAGUUAGUUACAGAAUUUAAAAAGAAGGAAAAAUUUCGUUUAAAAGUUAAAGGACAUAUAAAAAAAGUUAAAACUCAUAAUAAUGAAGAAAUGGUAAAAAACUAUUUUGAACAAAAUUCUUUAAAUAAUUCCUUACACGAAAUUGUAGAUACUACCCAUAAUAAUAGUUCAUGUAUAAAUGACAUUAUAGACAAACUCAAAAAUGUAGAGAGCGUACAAUUCCUUGGACAAGUAAGAAAAAUAAAUAAUGCUCAUUCCUCAGGUGCUUCGUGUGAUGAUCACUUGAACGAAGUUGCAUAUUUAAAAAGGAAAAGAGAAAAAAGUAGGACAUAUGAACGUAAUAUGCGCGAUGCGCAUGGUACACAUAAUAAAUGCACCCCUGGGACGGUCAGACCUCAAGUUGAGCACACAAACAGAGUACGAGAAAAAGAAAAAAUUAUGAACACCAAUCCAAAUGUGAAAGAAAAAAUUAUGAACAGCAGUGUAUGUGUGAAUAACAAAAUGGUACCCCCCUUUGUUCGCAUAAAAAAUAAAAUUAUUCAAAAAAAAAAAAAGAAGAUUGCAAAAAAAAGUAGUGAAUAUGCAGAAAAUAAGCUAAACAAUGUAAAUUUAUCCAAAAAGCUAAUAAAAAAAUUUUACGAAAUUAAAAAAUCAAUGAAAAAUUUGCAUAAAGCGCAAAAGGUGCUAACCAAAUUACCUACAAUAAAUAAUAGUGAUAGUAUAAAUAAAAGGAAUAGUCAUAUUGUUAAUUUGAGCAGAAGCAAUAAUAUGCUGACAAGUACAAACUGUCCUUUAAAGGUGUGUGUGAAUUAUGAAAAGAAUAAACUAUACUUUAAUGCUUUGUUUAAGCAUAUUAGAACAAAGAAUGCUCCGACAAAACUACUUAUGAGAAAUGAAAUCCUUCAUACUAAUAUUCUCCUCAGGAAAAGUAAAAAAGGAAGGACAAGUAGAUCGACGUGUAAUAGUCAUGUAGAUGAAGAAGCGGCAGUGCAGGAUGUGGCUGCGGGGGAAGUGACAAUGGAGAUGGUGGAUAAUAAAAAAAAAAAAAAAAUGGAAAAAAAAAAGGUAUCUCUCUGUGAAAAUGAAUUCAUUAAUAAUACAUACAUACUGAAGGAAAAUAUAAAGGAGUAUAAAAAAAAAAAGGGGUCAAGUAUAUACAAUUAUGAAAACAAAUUAAACAGUAAUGCAAGUGGUGCCGCUAAAAGGCGUAGCACCAAAAGUGUAUAUGACGAAACGGUCUUAAGCGAAAGUGAUGUAGAUGAUAUUGAAUAUUUUACAAGAAUAAAAGAAAAAAAUAGCAAAAAAUAUGCUGAUCAUUUGAAAAUGCUUUCUACAAGGGAAAAGGAAGACACACCAAAAAAAAUUGCUCAUGUGGAUGAAGCAGCUCAUCCAGGUGAAUUGACUAAUGAUGGUAAAGCGGCUCACACGGGUGAAGAGGCCUAUGUGGAUAAGAAGAUUUAUGGCGAUAAAAUGGCUCAAAGGGAACAGCACAUAUACAACGGCGUGAAAAACAAAUACAAACUGAUAAAAGGAUCAAAGGAGGAGUACAAAAAAGAACUGUUAGGAGUAUCAAGGAAUAUGAAAAAUGCACCACUUAAAAAUAAAAAUAUGGAAAAAAUGAAAACACAAACAGAAGAGGGAAAAAAAGUUUCUCUUAGCUCCAUAACAAGUUUUAAUAGUAAGAGUGCAGUAAAUAAAGAAAUAAAAAAAAUAAAUCCUGAUGAAAAAAAUUUAGUCGAUAAGGAGUCUUAUACAAAGGGAUAUAUAUCACCCUCGAAAAGUAGCUUAUUCUCAUCUGUGUCAAAAACGAAAUUACAUAAUAAUGAAGCAAAUAAAUCCUCUCUUAGUUAUGGAAGGGUAGUAAAGACAAUGAAUGGAAUGCCAAAUAGAGAUGAAGAAAAUUUUUCGAAUAGUACUGCUAAAAAAAAUUUUUUAAGCCCAUCUAAAGAAUUUAAGUUUGUACAUAAUAUGAAAACCAAUUAUCACAAAUUACUGCAUGAUAGUAGUUUAAAACAUGAGGGGAAUAAAAAGGAUUCUAAUGCUUCGCAUGAGAGAUGCGUUAAUGGAGGAGCAAAAGAUGGGUACAUGUGCAGCGGUAGAAGAGGUGAAAGUAGUAGAGACAUAAUCGACAGCAGAGGAGGAAGUAGUGGUAGUUGUAGUUAUCUUUCCCGUGAUGAUGGAAAAAACGACAGACUAGCUACACUAUCAGGGGACAAAAUUCCAAAAUUUGCUUGGUCGAACGGGAAAACAGAAUACAAUAUGAAUCGUAAGGAAGGAGAUAAAAUGAUAAAUAAAAGUAAAGUAAUAAAUAAGGGAACUAAUCAAGGAAAUAAGGAGAAUUGCUCUUUAGCAAAGAAAACCUUGACAAGGAAAAGUAGCUGCUCAUCUGCACCUAAUGGUUCGAAUAUUGAAUACCCUGGAGGUAGCAGUGAUAGUGGGAAUAAUGCCGAUUAUGGUAAUGCCUUAAAAUCUGAUUAUCAGAAUUCCCAAGAAGGGGAGAAUAAUAUAGGGCAAAAUGACCUUCACUUGAUUGAGCAAAAGAACCAUUUUCAAAACUUACAAAUAAAAGAUUUACAUGUGAAGGAACUAAAUGAUGGUAAAGAAAAAGGAAAUUCGAUGGAAUUAUCUCCUAAACAAAAAAUAGAAAAACGUAUGCUAAACGUAUGCGAAAAAAUUGAUGAUGAGGAAGUGUUGACGAAAGAAGAAAAAGAAAAGGAACUACAUUCUUUCACUAAGAAUGAUGCCCCCCCCUCAAGUGAACAACAACAUGUAAAGACUAUAUUAGAAGUAGGGGUGUUGUUAGAUAAUCAAUUUUUUAAGCAAAAUAAAAUUGAUUUAAAUGGUUUUCCACUUAAAAAUAUGAAUGCUCAGAUGAGUGGAAGUCAAAUCACAAAGGUAGAAGGGGAAAAUAAACGAAGUAAUGAAACUAAAAGAAUGAAGAGUUCUGACAAUGCUAUAGGAAAUGUAAAAUUUCAAAUGUUCAAUAUAACAAGGGAAGCCAACAAAGAAGAUAGUUACUUGGAUACAAAUGGUGCAUGUGGUGAUAUUACUACUAUUAUGAAGAAAAAUGUAAUGCUAGAUAGGGUAAAUUUAAAAGGACGAACAGAAUUACUAUAUAAGGAGGAAAAAGAAAAUUGCAAUGAUCAAAAAUUUGUUGAAAAGAAGUCCAUCAUUGUACUUAGUAAGAAUAUACCAUUAAAAAUUAAUAAAAUGAUGAUGAUGCAAAAAAAGGCUUUGCAGAUAGUAAAAAAGAUCAGCAGUAGUAGCACGGAGAGGACAACCACAAGUGAGGAAAAUAAAUUAAAGGAAGAAGAGGAAAACGCAAAUAAUGGUAUGAAUAAUGGUAUGAAUAAUGGUAUGAAUAAUGGUAUGAAUAAUGGUAUGAAUAAUGGUAUGAAUAAUGGUAUGAAUAAUGGUAUGAAUAAUGGUAUGAAUAAUGGUAUGAAUAAUGGUAUGAAUAAUGGUAUGAAUAAUGGUAUGAAUAAUGGUAUGAAUAAUGGUAUGAAUAAUGGUAUGAAUAAUGGUAUGAAUAAUGGUAUGAAUAAUGGUAUGAAUAAUGGUAUGAAUAAUGGUAUGAAUAAUGGUAUGAAUAAUGGUAUGAAUAAUGGUAUGAAUAAUGGUAUAAAUGAUGCUAUAAAUAGCGGUAUAAAUAAUGGCAUAAAAAAUGGUAUGAAUAAUGGUAUAAAUGAUGCUAUAAAUAACAAUAUGAAUAAUGGUACAAACAGGAGCACGAAUAAGAACAACAUUUUGUCGAAAAGUUUUAUAAACAAAAGCGACAAAUCCAAGGAACAGAAGAACCUAAAUUUGAAUAAUUUUUUAAAAAAAGCUUUUUCACCAAAAAUUGACAUAAAAAAAAUGAUUUUAAAGAAUAACAAAGAGAGUUUUAACAGUGCUCCGUUAAAAAUGAAUUCAUGCUUACAACAAAAUGAAAAGAUAGGAAAAUACUAUUCUAAUAAUCCAAGUACUAACAAUUUGGAAAUACAACAAGAGGAUGGACACACAUAUGAAGACAUACAAAGUAGAGAUAAAUACCAUCAGAAAAAGGAAGAAAUAAAGAAGGGAUGCAUAAAAAAAGCAGGAGAAAAAUUGUCUAUUAAAAAAAGUGUAUCUUUUAAAAAGGACGACGAGAGGAAGGAGAAGAGGGGGGGUGGAGAAGCAGGUGUAGAACCAAGUGUAGAACCAAGUGUAGAAGCUGGUGUAAAAGCAGGUAUAGAACCAAGUGUAGAAGCAGGUGUAGAACCAAGUGUAGAAGCAGGUGUAGAACCAAGUGUAGAACCAAGUGUAGAACCAAGUGUAGAAGCUGGUGUAAAAGCAGGUAUAGAACCAAGUGUAGAAGCAGGUGUAGAACCAAGUGUAGAAGCAGGUGUAGAACCAAGUGUAGAACCAAGUGUAGAACCAAGUGUAAAAGCAGGUGUAGAAGCUGGUGUAAAAGCAGGUAUAGAACCAAGUGUAGAAGCAGGUGUAGAACCAAGUGUAGAACCAAGUGUAGAAGCAGAAGACGGAGAUGCAGGGAAAGGCGCGUGCUCAGAUGGACAAGACAAAGCAGUGCUCAUGGCACAGAAGAAAGUCCCCCCCAUGAAAUCAGUAAGACCAGUAAAAAUUCAAAGUAGUAUGAAAAUUGCUCAAAAAUUAGAAAACAUCCCAAAUGAAAGAGGAUUUAUAGAAAAUGCAGUAAGGAGAAAUAUAGGAAAAAUUUUGGAUAAGCCUGAACAUUCAUUAGUAUCUAAUACAAAUUUGAAAGAUUCCCAUGAGAGAAAUAUUGUACAAAAACUGUUACAUAAAGGUGAACACAACGCAUCCCAUAUAGAAACUCCUAAAAAUGAAGACAACAUACGGGAACAACAAAUGGAAAAGGAAAAAACUGAAAAAGCCAUCUCUAAGAGAACAAACGGAAAAGUCAGCAUUUUGCACGGAAAAAAAAUAAGUCUCAAAAGAGGAACUUCAUCAUUACUUUUUAUGAAAAAUAAUUUUAAAAUAAAUAUGAUGGAGAAAUAUAAAAAGGAAAGCGAUGGAAAAAAGCAGUUUGGAUCAUCUGACGAGGAAGAAACCAAAAAGGAGGAAGAUAACGAUGUGAGUUCCUCCCAUUAUUACAGUAGUAGUGACAUUCAUAAUAACAAGAAAACAGUAAAGCAGCCCUCCAAUCCGGAAGAAUUAAGUAUGAAGUUGUCCAAUUUAACAUUGGAUGCAAAAACGGAAGAAAAGGAUUCCUCAUUUGACGUGAAUAAGUUGUCAAGCUUAUUAGAAGUGAAACAGGGUAAAGAACAGUCUAAGAUGAUAGGAAAAGAAGUAAUCAUUCAUAAAUUGCCAAAUGGGGUUAUAACAAAAAGUAGAGAGUCUGGUUUUGAUGAAGGUACGAACAAAAAGGAGCAAAUUGUCGAAAUUGACAAGGGAGUAGAAACUCAUGAACCCAAAGAUGGAGCUAUAAAUUUGAAGGAAAUAAAAAGUCAUCCUAAAAAGGGCCGGUUAAUCAAAAAGGAAUCUUUUGCGAAUGGGCAUAGGGGAGAGGAGAAGACAGAAAAGGAAGUAGCAGAAAAGGAAGCGGCAUCAAAGGAGGAUAAGGCAGAAAUUAAAGUACCAAAUAAUGGGAAUAAUGAAGGAGCUAAAGAAGGGAAUGGAAAGGAAGAAGUCCACGAAAAGAAUGACGAACAAUUAGAGGGAAAUGUAGAAGAAAAAGACCCCCUUAAACAAGAUAAGCAAAAUACUACCUCUCAUGGAAACAAAGCAACCAACAUGAAAACUCUUCCAAAACUUAAAAUGAAGAACAUUAAAAAUAUGCAGGAGAAAAAGGCUUUUAUAAAAAAAAAUUUUUUCAUAAAACAAUUACAUAACAUGAAAAACUUAUCAACAUUAAAAGAAUUUCCUCUUAAAAAAGUGGCAAGUAAAGAAAGUAGUGGCAACCGUACUGUAUCAAUAGAAGAGGAGUCAGAUAAUAAAGGAAACAGAAAUUGUAAUAAUAUUAAAAAUGCUAAUGCCUCUGAUGAGGAGAAACAUGAUAAUCAUAAGGAAAAAAGGGAAGAUGGAAUCAUAGAUGAUGCCACUUCUCAUGAUGAGGCAAUAAUACUUUCUAAAAAUAUAAGUUCGCAAUCGGAAGGUUCGUUAAACGUGAUAAAUUCCAAAAAAAAAGAGAAGGAGGAGAAGGAGAAGCAAGAGUCUACAUCAAAUAAGUUAUUGAGUAAAGUCUCUUUAGAAAACGUUGUUGAAUCUAGUGCAAAGAAGUUAACAGAAAAAUCUCUAGUAAAAAUUAUACCAAAAGUUCCCUCCAAAAUUGUAGGCAAUUUGAUAAAAAAAAAUUUAUUUAAAGAAACCAAUGACAUAGCAAAUAUUCCCAAGGUUAAACCUCCCUUUUUAAUGAAACCUAAAUCAAAAGUGUUCAAUGUAUGCAAGAAUGUAGAAGAUAUUCAAAAGGAUUAG